AUGCCAAUAUGGAUAUUAUUUUUGUGUUUAUUUGGGCGGGGCGUGGCGGAAGACUUUCCUUCGCUGAUCACAGCAAAUGCAUCUAUAGCCGUGGUGCUGGAUCAUCAAUUCCUCCAAGAUCAAUUUCAAACUGUAACGGAUGAACUGAAAGAUCACAUAAAGGAACUGGCAAGGGUCAAACUGAAGCACGGUGGUGUUAUGGUCCAUUAUUAUUCUUGGACUGCUAUCAAUCUUAAAAAAGGUUUCCUUGCGGUGUUCAGCGUAGCGUCUUGCGAAGAUACAUGGUCAUUAUUCAAACGCGUACAAGACGAACAGAUACUUCUAUUCGCACUGACUGAAGUGGAUUGUCCCAGACUCCCAACAGAUCUGGCUAUAACAGUGACGUCGUCGAGCGCUGGGGAAGAAUUAUCACAAAUGAUCCUCGACCUUAGAACCGAGAGGGCUUUUAACUGGAAAUCAGCUAUUCUAUUGCAUGAUGAUACGUUAAGUCGUGAUAUGAUAUCUCGAGUAGUCCAAGCUAUGACGUCACAAAUUGAUGACGAGAAAGUCCCAUCUGUAUCUGUGACAGUAUUCAAAAUGAGACACGAAGUUAAUGAGUACUUGAGACGGAAGGAAAUGUAUAGAGUUAUAUCGAGAUUGCCUGUUAAAUAUAUUGGUGAAAAUUUCCUGGCGAUAGUUACAACAGAAACGAUGACAACGAUGGCGGAGACGGCGCGCGAUGUUCACAUGUCACACACUCUCGCGCAAUGGCUAUACAUCGUGUCAGAUACCAAUCAACGAACCGGCAAUCUAUCUACGUUGAUCAACGAUCUAUUUGAAGGAGAAAAUAUUGCGUAUAUUUAUAACAAGACAGACGACGGGGCUCAUUGCAAGAACGGUAUUAUCUGUUAUUCAAAAGAGAUGAUGGAUGCUUUCAUAUCUGCUUUGGAUUCUGCGGUUCAAGAAGAAUUCGAUAUUGCUGCACAAGUCUCAGAUGAAGAGUGGGAAGCUAUCAGACCUGAUAAAGUCCAGAGAAGGGACAUGUUGCUUAAACACAUGCAGCAACAUAUAACUGCGUACAGCAAAUGCGGUAAUUGUAGCAGCUGGCAAGCAUUGGCUGCUGACACUUGGGGUGCUACUUAUAGAAGACAUACUGAUUCUGUAAUCAGUAAUAAAGAAGAUGACAAUGUCACCACGCUGAUUGAGAAUGUUGACUUACUACAGGUAGGCUUCUGGCGUCCUAUUGAUGGUUUUAAAUUUAGUGAUGUCCUCUUUCCGCAUAUAAAACAUGGUUUUCGAGGAAAGGAACUUCCGGUAUUAACCUACCACAACCCUCCAUGGACUAUCCUUCAGUCCAAUGCUUCAGGAUCCAUUGUAAGUUACGGAGGGCUCUUGUUCGAUAUUGUUGGCCAGUUUGCUAAGAGUAAGAACUUCACCAUACGUAUUGUGUUACCCGGACAUAUAAAAGAAGAAUCUUCAAACGAAACGUCUACAGAUAUGAUGCACAGCACAAGUGCUAAGUUCACUUUGGCAGCAGUCUCUAAAGGGAAAGUAGCUCUGGCUGCUGCUGCAUUUACCAUUUUAUCAGAUCCACCACCAGGUAUAAACUAUACAAUACCUGUCAGCAUCCAGCCCUAUUCCUUUAUGAUAGCAAGACCGAGAGAACUUAGUAGAGCUUUGCUGUUUCUACUACCCUUUACUACUGAUACAUGGCUCUGCUUAGCAUUAGCUGUCAUUUUGAUGGGGCCCACAUUAUAUAUAAUACACAGACUUAGUCCCUUCUAUGACGCUGAAGAAAUCACUCGCGAAGGAGGACUGUCCACCAUCCAUAAUUGUUUGUGGUAUGUCUACGGGGCUCUUUUACAACAAGGAGGAAUGUAUCUUCCGCGAGCGGACAGUGGUAGAUUGGUGGUAGGCACAUGGUGGAUAGUGGUUUUAGUCGUGGUCACCACUUACUCGGGAAAUCUGGUGGCUUUUCUUACGUUCCCCAAAUUGGAAAUCCCGGUAACGACUCUGAGGGAAUUGCUGCAGAACAGUGCAACGUAUACUUGGUCUAUUAACAAAGGCUCUUACUUGGAGAUGCAGUUAAAAAAUUCGGAUGAACCCAAGUACGUGUCACUGUUGAAAGGCGCUGAGCUCUCAACGUCAUCAAACGGCAUGGAAGCAAAUAAUAUAGCCGGCACUAAAUAUCUGGAUCGAGUCCGAAACGAACGUCACGUAGUCAUCGAUUGGAAACUCAGAUUAAACUACUUGAAGAGAGCCGAUACUGCGGCAACUGAUUCCUGCGAUUUUGUGCUUAGUUCCGAGGAGUUUAUGGAAGAACGAGUGGCGAUGAUAGUUCCAGCGGAUAGUCCUUAUCUACCUGUCAUUAACAAGGAAAUUAAUCGCAUGCAAAAAGCCGGGCUAAUUACAAAAUGGCUAAGCGCGUAUCUACCAAAACGAGAUCGGUGUUGGCAGACUUCUUCCAUGGCGUCAGAAGUUAAUAAUCACACAGUGAACCUAAGCGACAUGCAAGGUUCCUUCUUUGUUUUAUUCCUAGGUGUUUUUUCCGCCUUCACUAUUUUGCUAUCGGAAUGGUUUUAUAAUCGACGCAAGAGGAGAAAUGAUCAGAUUGUAAUCAAGCCAUACAUGGAGUAG